AUGGCACAUGACGGCAGCAACCUGUUCCAGAUCCGCCGCAUCUUCGGCUUCCCGACCUCCUCCGCGGCGUCUAAUGGGUCGAUCCCAGCGCUCAAGAUCGCGUCAAUGGCCGUGCAUACACUGGAGAAGAAGCAGCUGCUAGCGCUCGCCAUCAGUGAGGAGUUUCCCAAGACCAUUCCCCACCCCCGAGGCGACAGCUCCUCCACCACCUCCAUGGCUCCUGCGGACGCCAAAACGAACUUCUUAUUGGUCCGAACCAUCGAAGAAGAUCAGCGCACUCGGUUCUGGAUGUUCCCUGUGUGCUCGACGCCCAAACAACAAAAAGCAGGCAAAGCUGAGCGACUCUCGGCCUUGGAGUUCAGUCCCGAGGGAGAUUGGCUCGCUGCACUAUCGCAACGCAAGAAUCGACUGCACCUGGUGCCGAUAUUCACACUAGUGGCCAAUCAGCGACGUGCCAUGCUGGAUGCGUCGUACCAGCCCACAUCACACCACCGUGAGCUCAUGAACGUGAACCAGGCGGCUAUGACGACACAGAUGGCGUCAUAUCUACGCGCUACGAACGAGUACGGGGGUCUCAAUGGGGCUCGCUAUCACUCUCAAGUCGCAGGAGACGACGAACAGAUGAGUACACUCGAGUUCGCUCCGGGUAUUGGGAGUAUCACGUGUGUCAGAUGGUGGAGAUCGCUUAAUGGCAAGAAUUAUUGCCUUGUAGGUGGGACGGAGAGCUUGAUUUCGAUCGUCAAUGUGGAGGAGAAUGCAGAGGAAUGCAGAUGUGAGCUGGUGAAUGCAGGGACCAUUGUAAGUAUUGAUUUACUUCAGGAAAACUUCAGAAAGGAACGCAGAACUUCCAUGCUGGUGAAAGCCAAGACGGAGGAUAUUGACGAUAAGGAGAGAGAAGCAGGUGGGACCGGAGUGAGGUAUUAUCGCGUUGUGUUGGAGAAGAAGUUCCAGGCAAGACCAAAGCCAGCGCCCAAGAAAGUGAAGACGAAGCAGGAGAACGAGGCGACGGAGACUGCUACGUCGACGCUGAAGAUCCAGACGACGACUGGGGGAUCUUUGUCUUCGAGCGAGACGAACUUCACGACCACCAACACUAGUGGCGGCUCCAGUCCCUUCAGUUUCUCGAAAGCUCCCAAGUUUGUCGUCAAGACCUUCCCAGAGCAUUUCCUGGAGGACAUGGACUUCCGACCUCAACGUGUCAAAAAGAACUCGCCGCAAGUGUGUCUAUAUCCUAUUAACGGAGUGUUGAGCUCGGAGUCGUCUCUGGCGCUGUAUGAUUGCAACAAGAAGACGGCGAAUCUCUAUUCCAACUUCCAUUGGAGACUGAAAGGUGAAUACAAAGUCCCGGAUCUCCUCCCUGCGUCGUUCGCCGAUACUGAAGAGCAGGAUGAGAAGCAUAGUGACCAGCAGGACGACUCACGUUCUGACGACGAUAAAGACGAAGUUGUGGACGUCGAGUUGACGUAUUGCUCGACGGAUUUGAUGCUGCUCCAAGGACGCACCUCCAAGUCGAACGAGACGAUCUCAACGUGGGUCUCGCUCCCAUCGAACCAAGGCAUGGACGAAGACGUUGUCAGAGCGCAUAUCGUGCACUAUCUAGCGCUUCAUGGCAACGAGAGAAUCGAGCGAGUCGUCCAGAGCACGGCGCGAAGCUCGAACAGCUCCGUGGGUGGCAGCCAGUCUGGCGAGGCUGAGAUCAUAUAUAUCCUGCAAACGAAGCACCACGUGUACGAAUGUCGGCCACAAUGGUCUCGUCUGGCGCUCUUUAAGGCGCUGUGUGCGCGCUCCAUCGCUCUUCGUGACGCAUUGUCCAUUGGCUACGCUCUAGGUAUCGACAUGGCUUCACUCUGUCAGGUGGUCGCCAAUACUUUGUACACCAAUGUGAUCGACGGCAGUACAAUUGCAGAUAACGAGCUGGUCCAAUGGGUACGCGAGCUCUUUGAAGUCUCCAGAAUCAUGCCGUCCAGUGCUGUGGAGCAGCUGACAGCGAUGGGAGGUGUCCAGAGUGCUAUAGACUAUGCGCAACAUGUGCUGUCCAAGCCUGUGCGUGAUUCGGUGUAUGAUGGAGGGGAAAGAAGACGUGUUGCUCUGUUGCUGGUGGAUCUGGUCUUCCAGCAGCAACUCCAGAAAGAUACAUCGACUGAUACUGAGCGGGGGCAUACUCAGGCUCAAGAUGAAGAGCGAGAGGCGUGGCUGGUAGAGUUUUUGGAGACCAACCGAGACUACAUGACCACAGACAUUGUGGAUCUCUGUCUUUCCCAGCAGCACGUGGAUAAGGCGAUCCUGGUAGCAACUCGACGUGACGAAGUGCCAAAUGUGCUUGAGAAGAUUAUCAGCAAAGGACUGGCCCUAGCAGUAUCUGAGAAGCUGCUGCGCUCGUUAUUGGACUCGGGCCACGCUGCAGCGCUCACAGCUCCAUCCAGUCGGCUAAUUCUGCGGUCAUUCUCGACCAAAGUUCAAGCGGAAGUUCUGUUGGCGCACCCACCUGCUAUUCUCCAGCAUCGAGAUUGGCUGGAGCGUAACUUAGCUGCUCUCUCCCCACAGCUUUGCCGUCAACUUGCAGGCAAGAUUAACCCCGACCAGCCAGAUAACAACGAGUACGCCGUCCAUGCUGCAGUAGAGGAGUCUUCAUCAGCUAAGCCAGGAGUGCACACCGAUGUGUCCACGUCCGAGUUUACGAAGGUGGCAUCAGAAGAACAAGUGGAGUUGUACCUCACUCUCCUUCUGCACUUGAAUUGCCGAAUGCUUCUGAAGGACUUAGCAGCGCAGUAUCGUCCACCUAUCAUGGUGUCUCGCUGUAUCGAUUACGAGAAUUGGACUGCAGCGGCCUGUAUCUACGAAGCUCACGGGGAACUCGUGGAGGCUCUUGAAUGUCGCUUGCAUUCCCACAACUCACAACUUUUAUCAAAUGCACUUGCAUCAUCUGACGAUUCGAUCCCUCGCCGUCGUCAGCAGUCGAGCGACUCGGUUGGCAGCGCCGUAUCUGACGAAUCUGACAUUCAAGAACAUUUGCGUGAAGAAUUACUGCAGCUUCUAAACUCGCUGGUCGUGCAUAGUCACAGCUCGGAAGUCAUUUCGACACAGAUCCGUGCCGCUAUUCUUGCGCGUAUCCUGGUCAAGUGGUUCGAAUACGGUCUGAAGCGCACUGUUCUGGAGGUCUUCCUGAUCGAUCCUGACGUGUUCAAGCACGUCUCGUCGCUGCUGGCGCAGAUCUUCUUCUCGGAAGUUGUGGACUCCAUUCUAUCAGCAACAUCGACAUCAAGCGGACCGCGUCAAGGUUUCGACGACCGCGACAAAGAGUGGGUGUACAAGUGCCAGCAACUUCCAUUCUCAGGUCAGUUCCUCUUCCGAGUCUGCGUGUCGUUUCUGGAAAAGGACCAUGAAAAUCCAGAAUCGGAGUCACCGACUCGCAAACUCUUGGAUCUCGUGAAGAACAACGUUGUCGAGAACGAUCUAUCGCAUGGUGCAGUCCCCAUUACUCCUCAUUCAGCACAAGCUCUUGGAAAGACCGAUCCACUGGAGACGCACGUCAAGGCUUUCACGUGUGGCCACUUGUUCCCAAAGCGUGUGUUCGAAGAGGAAGUGGUGCCAGAGUUUGAGAAGCGGAUGAAUACUCUACCGAUGCCGCUGUUUGCGACCAAGCAAGCCUUCACUCGCGAGUUCAAACGAGGAGCCAGUGAGACGCCAUGUCCGGUGUGCAGCUUCAACAAGAUCAGUCAAGCAGUGUUCCAGCAGCACAAGGCAAGCCACGGGCAGUCUCCGAUGCAGCCAAGACACCGAGAGAAGACAAAGGUGCCGUACUAUUUCCUGCAUCGUGAGUCGAGUGAGCGUCUCGGCUUCUCGGCUGAAGUACAAAGCACCAAGCCACUGAAACACGAAGCGUGGGAAUGGAGAGAGCAACGAGCAACUUUAGGAAGAGAAAGAUGAAGCGGUUCAUGAUACAUCGUGUUUUACCUUUGAUUCUGAUAAGUUAAUGGGCGUCUGUGCGUUUGUGCACAGCAAAACUGGAUAAAA